CAAAAUAUCAUCGAUGUUAUAAUGUCAGCUCCAUCACAUAGUAUAUUACGUAACUGUUACUUUGUUAUAUAACAAAGUAACAGUUACAUAAUAUAAAAUAUAAUUAAGUUGACAUUGUAAUAUGGAUGAUACUUUGUGUUGACUGGGUUAUAUAUGAAGUAGUUAAGAUAUACAUUUAUAAUAAUGAUAAUAAGCCUCUGUGGUGUUUCUUGAUACUUAAUGCAAAAAUGAGUAUAAUACGCUUGGACCUAUUAUUAAGUAGCGUCUUCAUAUUAACCGUUGUGACGGCGGCGUUUGAUAUUAGUACUCGUCGAGAUCACGGAGACUGUACGUCCGCUUCGUCUACAGAUCGUUUAGAUGUUAAUGUAACGGAGCCAAAAGCUUAUAAAGUCAAACUUAUUCUGAGACCCAAUUACAAUGAAUUCUUUGGUGUAUGCAAUAUAUUCGUUCAAGUUCAUCAGAAGACAAAAACGAUAAGUUUACACGCUUAUAAAAUACGAACACAAUUGCAUGAGAUAAAAUUGACACCGAUAAACACAGAGGUAGUUAUCAAACCCGUAAGAUUUCGUUAUUGCAAUGUAUCGCAAAUAUUGGAGCUGCGUUUCAAGAAUAACAUUGCUCCAGCAGAUUAUUAUCUAGAAUUAUCUUUAAUUGUGCGAAUGAGAGGCGAAUUCACAGGCCUUGACCGGUAUCAUUAUAACGUAUCGAAAAAAUCUCGAAGGUGGUUGGUGACAAACCUAUUUCAACCAAACGCGGCGCGAAGAAUAUUUCCAUGCUGGGAUCAACCAGAAAUAAAAACGUCUUUCAACAUGUCGAUUGUGCAUUCUACAGCAUACAAAGUUUUAUCGAAUCUGCCAACAGUGGCAGUAUUGGAUGACAUUAGUAAUUUGAAACGUACAUAUUUUGCCGUUAGUCCGUUGAUGUCUCUUUCUGAAGUGGUAAUUGUCAUGUUCGAUGAUACGCUUAGCCAAACUGAAACACCUGAGAUAAAUAUACAAAAAAGAAAAAUCAUAUGGGCCCGUCUAGUAAAGCAAAAUAAACUGAAUUUCUUCCACGAAAUAAACGAUAUAGUGAAGUUCUCCUUAUCUAAAAAUGCGUUAGGCCAAAUUAUGAUUCCGGAAACGAACGAUAUUCUGAUUCCUGGUAGUCCAAUGAAGGCCACAGGAUCUGCACGAUUCACUAUUUACAGAGAAGAAGACGUCACUUACGACUCAAAAUUACAUUUUCCUGGUCGUAAACUAGAUAUCUUGAAAUUACUUGCACGUCAAGAAAUACUUCAAUGGUUUGAUCAAGCUAUCGUCUCCUCGUCAUUGUCUUACAUGUUACGCGAGUCAUUCGCGAUUUACUUUAGCCAUUGUUAUACAAUUCUGCCUUACUACUCUUCACACUUAGAGGAUCUUUUUACAGUCCAGGUUCUACAGCCCACUUUCUAUUAUGAUAUUACUCUGCGAAUGAAGCCCAUUAUACACAAGGCCAAUGAAACUGAUGCAAUUGAUAAAUUUAUUUAUUCUCGUUUCAAUGGUUAUAAAGGAUCUAUUAUAUUGCGCAUGUUUGCAAAUAUUCUCACCCCUGAAGUUUUUCAUCAACAAAUUUUGAGUUAUGCAAAAAAAUUGGAGCAUCAUUCGGACAAGCAUAAUGAAUUUUGGGACGUUGUGCAAGAGCUUAACGAUGUGGACAAGAAUCACAUUCACAAUAUAUCAGACAUAAUGAAUAGUUGGUUACGGCAAGAAAAAUUUCCUGAAUUGUACGUUUGUUAUAAACGUGAAAAAAUAUCUAUUAAAGUAGUUUGUGACAAUGGCACCAAAUGGAAUAUAUCUGUAAGCAUUUUCAUAGCGAAAAAUCUCGGUGACAGCUAUACGUUAAAUGUUUGGCUUCCAUGCAAUAAUUCUGUAGCUACUACAAUCACACAUCCUGAUAUUAAUUUCGUUAUAGUCAACUUCGACCAAUUUGGAUACUACCGGGUCAAUUACGAUGAUGUAGGAUGGACGAAAAUUACGAAUUAUCUGCAGAUUGAUAAUUAUGAAGAUAUAUCUAUACAUAAUCGUGCUCAAUUAAUUGAUAACGCAUAUUAUUAUGUCAUGGAUGGCAAACUUUCGUCUUCCACAUUUUUUUAUGUACUUAGUUACUUAGAUCGAGAAACGCAUUAUGUACCUUGGUAUGCGAUGUUUAACAUUUUGUCGUACCUGUCUAAUUAUUUUGAGCUUCCAAGAAGUACAAAUGCCAAGCUGUCUAUAGGGACUAGUUUGGGUAACCUUCUUGAAAAUAUAACAUAUGAAGAACGUGCUGAAGACGAUGAAAUGACGAAAUCGUUAAGAUUGCUGGCAGCGAGAUGGGCUUGUAAAUUUGAUUUUCAGAAAUGUAAAGAAGCCGCUGCUACAAUGUUGUUCCGGGAAUUACAUCCUCCAAUAAUAAAAAAUUUACCUUUGUGGAAGGACUGGCUGUAUUGUAUGGGAAUGAAAGGAAUAGAAAGUACAACUUGGUUUACACUAUUUUCUGAUUUCUUAAUAACAAAAAAUACAGAUGUAUUUAAAUAUUUGGCUUGUACUGAUGAUGAAAGGCUUCUUACUUAUUAUAUGAAUGCUCUUAUCAGUGAUGAACGCAUAAAUAAUUUAAUCCAACCCGAAGAAUUUGCAAAACAUUAUCGCUCUAUCCUAAAGAGGCAUUUGGGAAAAACUGCUGUAUUUAAACAUGUAUUAGGGAAUUUCGCCUUUAUAGCAGAAAGGAUUUACGGGAUAGGCAGUUUGACGAGCCUAUGGGGUGACGUCAUGUUGAGCCUUUCUCAAGAACAGCUUAACGAAGUACUGAAAUUUUCUCGAGAAGUUGAUACGAAGUUUGCAAUACAGCAAGAUGUAUUUAAUAAAUUUUUAGAUGCUCGACUUCUUUACAUACAGAAGUUAAUUCAUAAAUUUAAUCAUCUAUAUACGCAAAGUAAUUCUACCUUAGAGUAUCUCCGUUUUAUCUUUUAUAUAACACAUACAUUUUUACUUGAACAAACUCAGAACAUUAAGUAUGAGUAUCGGAAAAAAGAAAAUUGUAUUAGGAUUAAUAUAACUCAUGUCUUUUCAAAUAAACUGGAGGAAAACAGUGAAAUACUUGAUGCAAAAAUGGGUAUGACGCGCUUGUACCUACUAUCAAGCGUCUUCAUAUUAACCGUCGUGACGGCGACGUUUCAAAUUCGUACUCAUCGAGAUUACGGAAACUGUACAUCCGCCUCGCCUACAGAUUGUUUAGCCGUUAAUGUAACGGAGCCAAAAGCUUAUGAACUCCAACUUGUCGUAAGACCUAAUUUCAAUGAAUUCUUCGGUAUAUGCAAUAUAUUGGUUCAAGUUCAUCAGCAGACAAAAACGAUAAGUCUACACGCUUAUAAAAUACGAACACAAUUAGAUGAGAUUAAAUUGACACCGAUAAACACAGAAGUAAUUAUCAAACCCGUGAGAUUUCGUUAUUGCAAUGUAUCGCAAAUAUUGGAGCUGCAUUUCAAGAAGAACAUUGCUCCUGCACAUUAUUAUCUAAAAUUCUCUUUAAUUGUGCGAAUGAGCGGUGAUUUAACAGGUCUUGAUCGGUAUCAUUAUAGAGUAUCGAGAAAAUCUCGAAGGUGGUUGGUGACAAACCUAUUUCAACCAAACGCGGCGCGAAGAAUAUUUCCAUGCUGGGAUCAACCAGAAAUAAAAGCGUCUUUCAACAUUUCGAUUGUGCAUCCUACAGCAUACAGAGUUUUAUCGAAUAUGCCAACAGUGGCAGAAUUGGAUGAUAUUAAUGAUUUGAAACAUACAUAUUUUGCCGUUAGACCGGUGAUGUCCCUUUCUGAAGUGGUAAUUGUCAUGUUCGAUGAUACACUCAGCCAAAUUAAACCUAAGAUAAAUAUAGAAAAAAGAAAAAUCAUAUGGGCUCGUCUAAUAAAGCAAAAUAAACUCCGUUUCUUCCAUGAAAUAACCAAUAUAGUGAAGUUCUCCUUAUCUAAAAGUGCGUUAGGCCAAAUUAUGAUUCCGGAAACGUACGAUAUUCUGAUUCCUGCUAGUCCAAUAAAGGCCACAGGAUUUGCACAAUUCACUAUUUACAGAGAAGAAGACGUCACUUACGACUCAAAAUUACAUUUUCCUGGUCGUAAACUAGAUAUCUUGAAAUUACUUGCACGUCAAGAAAUACUUCAAUGGUUUGAUCAAGCUGUCGUCUCCUCGUCAUUGUCUUACAUGUUACGCGAGUCUUUUGCGAUGUACUUUAGUCAUUAUUAUACAGUUCUGCCUCACUACUCUUCACACUUAGGGGAUCUUUUUACAGUCCAGAUUCUACAGCCCACUUUUUACUAUGAUAUAUCUCUGCGGAUGAAGCCCAUUAUACACAAGGCCAACGAAACUGAUGCAAUUGAUAAAUUUAUUUAUUCUCGUUUCAAUGGUUAUAAAGGAUCUAUUAUAUUGCGCAUGUUUGCAAAUAUUCUCACUCCUGAAGUUUUUCAUCAACAAAUCUUAAGUUAUGCAAGAAAAUUGGAGCAUCAUUCGGACAAGCAUAAUGAAUUUUGGGACGUUGUGCAAGAGCUUAACGAUGUGGACAAGAAUCACAUUCACAAUAUAUCAGACAUAAUGAAUAGUUGGUUACGGCAAGAAAAAUUUCCUGAAUUGUACGUUAGUUAUGAACGUGAAAAAAUAUCUAUUAAAAUAGUUUGUGACAAUGGCACCAAAUGGAAUAUAUCUGUAAACAUUUUCAUAGCGAAAAAUCUCGGUGACAGCUAUACGUUAAAUGUUUGGCUUCCAUGCAAUAAUUCUGUAGCUACUACAAUCACACAUCCUGAUAUUAAUUUCGUUAUAGUCAACUUCGACCAAUUUGGAUACUACCGAGUCAAUUACAAUGAUAUAGGAUGGACGAAAAUUGCGAAUUAUCUGCAGUAUGAGAAUUAUGAAGAUAUAUCUAUACAUAAUCGUGCUCAAUUAAUUGAUAACGCAUAUUAUUAUGUCCUGGAUGGCAAACUUUCGUCUUCCACAUUUUUUUAUGUACUUAGUUACUUAGAUCGAGAAACGCAUUAUGUACCUUGGUAUGCGAUGUUUAACAUUUUGUCGUACCUGUCUAAUUAUUUUGAGCUUCCAAGAAGUACAAAUGCCAAGCUGCCUAUAUUGGCUAUGUUGGAUAGCCUUCUUAAAAAUAUAACAUAUGAAGAACGUGCUGAAGACGAUGAAAUGACGAAAUCGUUAAGAUUGCUGGCAGCGAGAUGGGCUUGUAAAUUUGAUCUUAAGAAAUGUAAAGAAGCCGCUGCUACAAUGUUGCUCCGGGAAUUACAUCCUCCAAAAAUAAAAAAUUUACCUUUGUGGAAGGAUUGGGUAUAUUGUAUGGGAAUGAAAGGAAUAGAAAGUAUAACUUGGUUUACACUAUUUUCUGAUUUCUUAAUAACAAAAAAGGCGGAUGUAUUGAAAUAUUUGGCUUGUACUGAUGAUGAGAGGCUCAUUGUUUAUUAUAUGAAUGCUCUUAUCAGGGAUGAACGCAUAAAUAAUUUAAUCCAACCUGAAGAACUUACAGAACAUUAUCGCUCUAUUCUAAGGAGGCAUUUGGGAAAAACUGCUGUAUUUAAACAUGUAUUAGGGAAUUUCGCCAUUAUAGCAGAAUGGAUUUACGGAAUAGACAGUUUGACGAGUCUAUGGGGUGACGUCAUAUUGAACCUUUCUCGGAAACAGCUUUAUCAGAUGCUGAAAUUUUCUCAAAAAGUUGAUACGAAAUUUGCAGUACAGCAAGAUGUAUUUAAUAAAUUUUUAAAUGCUCGACUUUUUUACAUGCAAAAUUUAAUUGAUAAAACCAACUUAUUCGCGCAGAUAUUUGACGCAAAAAUGGGCAUGGUAUGCUUAAAAUUGCUGUCAAAUUUCUUCUUAAUAUUCAGCGUCGUGAUGGCAACAUUAACUACUAAUGAGGAUCACGGAGAUUGUGCGUCCGCUUCAACUGCAGAUCGUUUAACGGUUGAUGUAGUGGAGCCAGAGUUAUACAAUAUUCAUCUCGUCGUAAAACCGUAUUACAAUUUCUUCUUCGGUACAAGCGAGAUCUUGAUACACGUAUAUCAUCCGACAAGGUCUAUACGUUUACACGCUUACAAUAUAAAGACUGAACUAUAUUCAAUAUAUCUCCAGAAAGUAAACACACCGGAUAAGGUGAAACUAUUGAAUUAUCGUUAUUGUAAAAUAUCGCAGAUAUUGGAUUUGUAUCUUCCAGUAGUUAUUUCUCCUGCACAUUAUACCCUCAAAUUUAAUUUCCACGCUCUUUAUGGAAUGAAAGAAUACAAAGGUCUCGGUCCGUAUCUAUAUAAAAAACGGAGGAAAAACCGAAGGUGGUUGAUCACAAAUCUGUUCGAACCGAUCGCGGCCCGAAGAGUAUUUCCAUGCUGGGAUGAACCCGGCAUAAAAGCAGUUUUCAAUAUUACAAUUUUGCAUUCUAAGGAGUACACAGUUUUGUCGAAUAUGCAAGCAGUAACUACGAAGGACGAAACUGACGACUUGCAAUAUACAUACUUUAACAUUAGCCGGUUGAUGGCUGCUUCUGAAGUGGCGAUUAUCAUGUUUGAUGAUUUAAUACGUAAACUUGAAACUCAUAAGGUGGUUCAUUCCGACCACGAACAUACUAUGUGGCUACGUCCAGCAAAGGCGGGAAUAUUAAAAUUUGCCGAGUCAAUGAUUCAAGUACACAGGGUAGCCUUGCAUAGAUACUUCCAAGGGAACAGCAUACUUCCUAAAACCAACUACGUCGUGAUUCCGAAUAGUUUUGCGCGGGCCAAAGGGUCUCUUGGACUUAUUGUUUACAGAGAACAAGAUAUUACAUACAACGUAAAGCAUGAUUUUGCUGGUCGCAAACUAAAAAUCAUAAAGUUAUUUGCAUAUCAAGAGGCACGACAAUGGUUCGAUACACCUAUUACGUCGUCGCCAUGGUCUAACAUGUGGAUAAGAGGAUCACUUGCGACGUAUUUCAGUCAUUUCUUCAUAUUGGAGCCUUUCUAUGGCUCACAUUUAAUGGACCUUUUCGUGGUCCAUGUUCUACAACCCACUCUUUAUAAUGAUAAGGCUCUACAGAUGAAACCUGUUGUACGUGAAACCUAUGACACUGAUGAUAUUGAAGCAGUUCUUUACUCUUCGUUGUAUAACUACAAAGGAUCUGUCAUGUUGCGCAUGUUAGAAUAUAUUCUUACCUCGAGGAUUUUCCGCCAGUGCAUCGAAAAAUACGUGAGAGACUCUAUACGGCUCCCAUAUGAGAACAUCGAUUUCUGGUCUAUUGUGCAAGGUGCCAAUAGUGAAUACAACAAUAAAAAGAGACAGACUCAUAAUAUAUCAGAGAUAAUGAAUAGCUGGUUACAGCAAAAAUAUUAUCCCGAGCUGCUUGUUACUCAUGGCGUUAGAGUGAUAAAUAUCCUAACAUUUUGUGAGAACAACACUAAGUGGCAUAUACCGAUAAAUAUUUGCAUACAGUCGCAUCUUGAAUUUUGUGAUAUAUCAAAUAUUACUUGGGUAGAAUGUCCCGGGAGUAAAAUUAUUUCUUGGCCUACUGCUGAUGAUUUCAUCAUAGUCAACUUUCUACAAGUUGGAUACUAUCGCGUUAAUUACGGACGCAAGAAUUGGCAUAGAAUUGUGAGUUACUUGCAGUAUAAUGAUCAUACAGCCAUACCUAAACAAAAUCGAGCUCAAUUGAUCGAUGACGCGUAUUAUUUUGUGAUGAUGCAAAAACUCUCUCCUACUAUAUUUAUGAGCCUUAUUGAAUAUCUAAAGCGAGAGACGGAUUAUGUUCCAUGGUAUCCAAUGUUCAACAUCUUAUCAUACAUGCAUCGUUAUUUGAAAUUUAAUCAAAGUCAAUAUUUCAAGGAUAUCAUAUUGUCAAGUUUGAGUGGUCUUCUUAGAGAAAUAGGGUACGAGGAACGGUACGAAGAUAAUGAGAUGACGAAUUCGUUAAGAUUGUUAGCAACAAGAUGGGCUUGUAAACUCGGCCAUGAACAGUGUCAAAAAGUUGCCACUACAAAAUUGGAAGCAAUACUAAACAAUUCUACAGUAAUUACGCCAUGGUGGAAGGACUGGGUAUAUCUCAUGGGUAUAAAGAGACUGCAUGUAGACACUUGGCAUCGGAUGCUGAUGGAAAGUAUUUUAGCAUCAGAUGCAACUACAUUCAAGUACUUGGCUUAUACUGAUCAUGAUUCGCUCGUAAUUUAUUACAUGAGUAUGAUUACGAAAAGUCAUCGCAUAAGUGAAGUGAUGGAACAUAAAGAGCUCACUCGACAUUACCGCUCUAUUCUAAAGAAUCAUUUAUACAAGGAUAACGUGUUUAAUCACGUCUUACAGAAUUUUGAGAAUAUAGCCGACAAGAUUUUUGGAAAAGACGACAUAAUAAACUUGUGGGGUGAUGUUAUAUUAAAUCUGGAUUUUGAGCAAAUCAAAUCGAUAAGGAUAUUUUCAAGUAAUGUUUCUAAGAAUUUGUCACCAGGAGAAACAGUAAUUGAAUAUCUGAUAAAGGCACGAUUGCAUCAAUUGCACAGUUUACUAGAGACAUUUUUUCCAUUUUAAAUAAAGAAAAUCAAACGGUUUUCUCGAUCGAAGUGACUAGUAAAUCUAUGAUGUACAUCAAUUAUGAUACAUUUAAUCAUGUCCAUAUAUGUGUAAAUUUAUUAAUAAUUUGGAACAAAUUUAGUUCUUUAAAUAUUAUAUUGAUGUGUGUCUAUUUAUUUAUUUAUGUACUUAUAUAUAUAUGUGUAAG